AUGGAAAGUGACACAUUAGUCGGAAAAGCUGUUAAGUAUCUUGAUGAUAAUUCUAAUGAAAAUUUCGCAGAAGUUCUUGGCUUAGGGAAUGGAUACUUUAAGUGCCGAGAUCUUAUCAAGCCAGAAGAUACAAAAGGUAAUAAUAAAGUAGUUGGGCGGCACAUAUAUUGUGGAGACAGAGAACUUUACCGUGGAAACAAUUUCUUUGAUAUUAUCCAGUCUAAUGUCAAAGAAUCCUACCCUUUAGUAACCCUUCAAGACUAUCCUUCCUCAAGAGGAUUUCUUGUGCGCCAAUUUUACUAUGAAAACACAAAAUCAUUUAAUCCUGAAAAGCUUCCUCCAGUUUGCCUUUGCCAGCAGCCUCUUAAUCCAGACGUCAAAUUUACCAUCUGUCAGAAGUGCAAUCAAAUUUUCCACGACUCCUGUCUCACCGAUUUUACCUCAUGCCCUGAUUGCUCUUGACCAUUUAAAAGGCAGCGCGUUGACGUUCUUGACCUAGACUCCCCCAAAAAGCAGCAAAAAUCUUUUGCAAAAGCCCGGACAGUGGAUAACUCAAGCUUGCCUAUUGAUGUCGACAAAUAUAAAAUCCUUGACGAAGAAAGUAAAGAAAGACUUCUAGAAAAUGUCAUGAAAACCCACAACAAUUUUUUGUCCCUAAAAUCAAGCCUAAGCAACGAAGAAAAAAUAAGGCAACAAUUAAUUUGCAAAAUUAUCUAUGCGUUAUAUCUUUCCAUAGAAGAAAACAAGCAGGCAAAACUUUCUUAUCCAAUAAGCGAGCUUGAAAAAAAAGCUAUGGAAAUUGAAGCGGCGCUUUAUUAUUCAACAGGAAAUAAUGCUGGGGCGCCAGCUUAUAAGGGGAAAGUAAGAUCAUUGCUUUUUAACCUUUGUGAUGAAAAAAACCCUGACUUUAGGUUCGGGAUUUUAAAAGGGGAUUUUGACGCAAAAGAAGUAUCAAAAAUGCAGUCAAAAGAUAUGGCUUCUUCUGCUAUCAAAAAUUUCAGACAGGAGCGGCAAAAGAAAUAUACAGAGGAAAACUUGGUUUUGCCUGAAUCUGGAGAAAAGCUGAUGGUUAAGACACGUAAAGGGGAGGCUGUUAUAUCUAUAAAUGAAGGCUUAAUUGCUGAUGAAACAAGUACGGAUUUAUUGGAUUUGUUACUAAAAAAGACACCAAAAAAAGUAGAAGAGGGUAAGAAUGGAGGUAUAGAAGAAGACCCAUUCAAUCCAGAGAGCUAUACGCCAAGCAAAAAGGAAGCAAGAAAUGAAGAAGGGACUAAUCAGCACAUUUAUGAGAUUGCUAAAGAUUGGAUGCCAAAGCCACUGAUGAAUAAGCUUAAAGAGACGCUGGGACAUUAUCUUGAGAAAGAACAGUCAAAUAGAGUUCUAUCCAGAAUUAAAAUUUCUUACCCAGGCGGAAUAAUUGUUAAUGAAUUUUUCAGGAAAGAAAAAAUUGAUGAUAUUUCUUAGUUCUAAAUAA